GUGUUCAGUUUUCUUUCAGUUUGUUGUGUCGCGUAGUGUUGUGUAGAGUCGGAAGAUCGCGCGUUUCCGUUUGACAGUUCAGGCUCAUCUGAAUCAUUGAAGGUCAACUACACAGUCGGAAUUAAUAAUUGUAACUGAAAUGGACAACCCGGCGUUCCAGAAUGACAACGGUGUUACAAGACACCCGCACCCGAAGAAACAGCUCACCCGAGCCAACUCCACCCUGACACCCACAACCAAGUCGUGGCACCUCACACAAGCCCCGCGGUCCAAGCUGUGCCGCUACAACUCGGUACUUGACACAAAAACCUGCUGCGAUGACAACAAGAACAACAUAGAUGGACCACAAUCUCUUGAUUAUCCGUUCUUUGCCAAGAAGUCACCAUCGAAGAAUAUUCUCAGUGACCACACGAUGUGGACAUACAACAGGCUGCACGACUCCCCUGUCUUCCAGAAACCCGGAGUGUCUACCAUCUACGACCCUCAGUUCUUGUCGUCCAAGUUUGGCUACAGCGGGACACAUCAUUCCCUAGGGGAGAAAGAGCUGAAGAAGGAAUGGUGGCCAGGAGGGCUGUUUGGUGGCUUUAGAUGGGAGGUUGGAGAACCUGGUGCUAAGAGGAUCAGAACCAGUCAGAAGGUGGCUGCCCUGCUGUGUGCUCUAGUGUUGACAUUGUUGGCUUCUGGCAAUGUUGUGUAUAUACUCAGGACAGUUGAAAGGCCACUAGAAAGUCCAAACAAGAGCAAUUGGGUUGACGUGGUCCUGAUUACUGGAGACUUCAGGAUAACCAAUGAACCGUACAGACAAACCCUGGCCAACCAUUCCUCCGAGGACUUCCAGCAGCUGUCCCACCUCAUUAGUCAACAGUUGGACAGCCUGUUCUCGCUGAGUGUGAUGUCGGAGCCGUACCACUCAGUGGCCGUCACUCAGUUUGCACCAGGGUUGAGUGUCCAGUGUCAGAUCGUGCUACGCGCCGCCACUCACCUCACGGCCAGCAAGGUGGGCUUGGCGUUCAUCGGAGGACUGCGCAACCAGCACGGGCACGUGUGGCUCGGCAACUUCACUGUGGAUAUACAGUCAAUUGGGUUUCAAGCGAGCAACGACGCGGUGUCGUGGACGGGCUGGUCGGAGUGGGGAGAGUGUCAACACACAGUUGAGUUUGGCUACGUAACCCUGCGAUCCCGCAACUGUUCGCUGCGUAGCGGGACGUACCUGUACAGCACUCUACCCUGUCUGUUGGUGCCUCACAGCGACGGCAACCUAGAGACAGCUCCCUGCGCUUCCCCAGAGACUAACCAGCUCUCUCAGUACCUCAACGACUCUACACAAUCACAGAGAAUGUUCCGGAUCACCAAAGCAGACAUGGACAUCCGCAACAGGCCCAAGAAUGAAAGUACAGAACUUAACGUUGCUGUUGCUCCUGAAACGAAUGACAAAAAUGCCAGUGGACCGUGUGCGUGUGGUCCUGGGGAAGUGUGUGUAGCACUACAAGAACAUUCUGUGCCACAGUGUCUGUCUAUACUUGACACUACAGACCCGACGGGCUGUGGAGGACAUUGCAAGAUCAACACCCAGCUCUGCCAGAAGAUGAGAGACAAUGCUUAUAGGUGUGUUGACGACUCCAAGUGUUUGGAAGACGAGUGGCAGUGCGGCAACAAACUGUGCAUCCCACUCAGUAAGCGGUGUGAUGGUCACUUCAACUGCUAUGAUCACACUGAUGAAUUUGACUGUGAUUGCAACUUGACCUCCCACUUUCAGUGUGGCAAGCGCAUGUCGUGCCUGCCGCUCAGUAAGCGUUGCGACGCCAUCGUCGACUGCUGGGACGCAGCUGAUGAGCUCAACUGUACUAUCCACUGUGUGGGCCAGGAACAGUUUACUUGUAAUGACAGCCAGUGUAUACCUAACCACAGGUUCUGUGAUGGUUUCCCUGACUGCAAAGACCACUCGGAUGAGCCCUUUGGUUGUGGGGGGGACUGCAAAACCCACGAGUGGAAAUGCAGCAACAGCCGUUGUAUCCUCCAGACUAAGAGGUGUGAUGGACAAAACGACUGUGGCGACGGCUCGGACGAAGCUGAGUGUGUCAAUGUCACGCCCGAGUAGCACUACACCAAAGACUCACACAAGAUCUCUCCUUACUCUACAUGUUGUUCCUAGUCAUGAUAUUUAAAACAUUUGAAUUUUUAUUUAAAAAUCUAAUUUGACACGUUCUAACGAGUUCAGCAUUAAUUUUAAGUGUAAUUAACUUAUUUUUUCGCUAUAGAGUAUAUUGUGAACAUAUUUGAUAUGUGUUAUUUAUUCAUUGGACCGUCAUAGCAUUACUAUGACAAGUAUUAAAGUAAAGUAUAAGUAAAGUUAAAUAAUUGUUCAUGUCAGUGAUUUUAAAAAUCGGUAUUGGUAAAUUUGGUUACUAUGAUAACGUUGAUUAUACAUAAUCAUAACAAUUGUUUAGUAACUUCCUUAAAGUAUACGGGAAUUUAGGACAUGGUUACCUCCCAGCUAUUGUAUGAAAUAAAUGUUAUGAUCUUCCUUGCAGAUUAUAAAUUUAUUUACUUUUCACUUUUAUGACAAUUUUUGUUUCAUCUGUUACAGAACACUGUCUAUAAUAAUACUUGUGGAGGAGCCUUAGUUUUUUGCCUACCCAAGUUAUUCUGAUCAAACUUUUACCAUAGACCUGGAAAGUCUUAUUUUACCAUGACAUGAUACUGUAUAAAAUUAAAAAUAUGCAACUCUUUUACGUACGUACUUCUAAUAAUACGUACUUCUAAUAAUACGUAAUGAUGUUUGAUGCAGAAGUUUGAACAAAGUGUGUACUUACAGUUCAGUCUAUUAUUCUCAUUGAGAUAUUUAACGUACAACCUUGUAAAGUUUCCUAAUUUUGUUCAACCAUUGUAAUAUGUUACACUUUUUAGAUGAUAGAAGUUAUUUCUUGAUGCAUGUAUGAAACGAGCUAAAAGCAUCUACUUAAGUGAUACUCCUCUUGAAAAUCACAAUAAAAUUUAUUAAUGCUAAACAAUCUUCAUUGCAGAUAAAGUUUAAACUUUUAUAUUUUACUACUACUUGUUAAUCUAUCAAAACUAUAUGUGCCCUAUGAAUGAUGUUGUUAAUGACCUACAUUGAAGUUGUACAUCUAUGGUUGAUAAUAAUUUACAUUAUUUUUGUAGUUACUAUUUUACAUUAUUUAUUUUUAGGAAUAUGUAUACAUUUAUGUGCCCUACUGUCUUAAUUAAUUAUUUACAUGUAACCAACUCUAUUUAAUCAUUGUUUGACUUAAAACGGUUUUAUUUUAAUUUUAUUUCUUGGGGACAGAUACAGAUCAAAUUUUUGAGAGGGCCGUGGGUUUAUAUUUUUGAAGUUUUAUAACGUCUCUAUAUGUAAAAUUCUGUUUCAAAUUAUUCGUAGGACUUAGGUAAAUUUGGUUGUGAAAAUUUAUUAGGAAAGCAGAAUUGAUCCAUGUUCACCUUCUCUUGCGUUUUUAAAGAACGUUUUACGUUUUUGUGAUCCCACAUAGCCUAUCUCUUACUGGAUUAGUCCCUGAGAUUUUAAUAAGAAUGUUUAAUCCAUUGUGUCUUACUUACUCAUAUAUAUCGUGCUAUACUUGUUAUCAUAAUGAAAUUAAACAUAACAAUAUCAAUUCAAACACUUGUCCUAACCCACCUGGAUAGUGAAGUAAACUAGGUAUAAUCCAUAUGUUAGCUAAAAACCAAAGAUUUGUAUACUCUAAAUUAACUAUUUAAUUGUUUGGCAAGCUAUGUUAUCCAGAGUUAGUUCCUUAUCUUAUCUGGCAUCUGAAUACCUACAUCAGUUUUCUAUAGAAAUUUAAUGUUUUUUGUGUUAAUGGCUGCCUCCAAAAUUGAAUCAUUUCUUCUGAUGUGCCAUCAUUGAUAUCCCUGAAAGUGAAACAUAAAAUUUAUUUAUUUUUAUGUAUUUUAGCUUAUUUAUUUAACAUAAAAUUGCUCCAGGGAAGCUAAAAUCACCGUUGCAACAAGCAGUCUACAUUUGAUUUGUUUUCCUGAAAAUUUAUAAAAUCUGACGUUUUUUAGCUAUUUAGCUUUUUCAGCCUUCUGUUGUUAAAAAAAGGUUUAGCAAUAUUGAAUUUGUCUAGUUAAGUUUCAAAUAAUAUUUUAAUGAUAAUUUUGGAGGCCCAGUAAAACACCUACUUAUAGAAACAACUUUUUAUCAAAUAAGAAACAUGAUACUUUUAAAAUAAUGUUUUCAAAUUUUAAAUUUUACUAUGUUGUAACAAAGUGUGGAUUAAGAUAAAGGAGUUACCCGAAUAGACUAAGAAUGAAUAACAUGCUCAUAUACUGUUAAGGUAAUGUAUUUUUAAAACAAUAAA